UUUCCCCCUUCGAACUGACUGGCAAGAGGUAGGGGGAGAUCAUGAGUGGGGUGAUUUAGCUCAUGGGACAUGAGUCAGGGGGGGGGACGCACUGUGCAACUUGCUGGACGGGGCUUCAAACAGAAGCCAGACAGGAACAGAUCUCAAGGCCGGUGGGAAUAAAGAGGAAACUCACUGGAGAUUCACACACCUUGUUCUGCGGAGACGUUACACGCUGUUGGGAAAUGGUUGCAAAAGGCUAAAAAGUCAUCAGGAAAAGGAGGUGGAAAGCAGGGCCGUCACUUCCAAGAGACAAGUCAAGGGAGCUGUUAAUGCAACAUGAUCCAGUGUGUCUUGCCCUAAAAAUACCUCUCGCCAGGAGAGUGGCAACUAUCUGUCUGCUUAAUUACCUGGUAACCAAUAAUUUCUUUUUCUUCUUUGGACAACAGCCGAGCUCAGAAGAGAAUUUAUCCGUGGCAGAUAUGUUUCUAAAUACUUUAAUUUGGCUUUUUAGGUUACAGAAAGUUAGAAUAUCUUAAAUUCAAAAAUGUAAGAGCCUUGUUAACAGUAAUUUAUAUGUGAAGCCUGCUCAUAGACUCUAAGGCCCUCAUUGGUAUUUAGUUUAGACCAUUAAGAGAGGGCCCAGUCGCUGUUAUAGUCACACAGUUACAGAAUACAUUGCAGGAUCUACCAAACCAGUUCAACCAUGAGAAAAGCUGAGGUGCAAAUGACCCUGAAAAAGGGGGCAGAUGAAGCAGUGGCACCCCCUAGCCCCAUCAUCCCCCCAAAGCGGUCCAAAGCGAGCUCAGAGCAAGUUGUCCCGGAGCCUCGUGGACCCGAUCUUCCCACCCCAACUCCACCUGUUUUUAUCCGCAAAAUGAGGAACGCCGCUGUGGGGACAGGCUGUGACAUCCGUCUCAAGGUAACUGUGGCUGGGGACCCUCAGCCUUCCCUGUACUGGUACCACAAUGAUGACCUCCUCAACAUGGAGAACCAGGAGUACGGAGGGCUCUGGAUUAGGGAUUGCAAACCCAGUGAUGCUGGCCUCUACACCUGCAUCGCCAACAAUCACCUGGGAGAGGCACGGAGCAGCGCUGUACUUGCUGUCUUGGAUCUGGGUGAAGAUUCCGAAACAACAGAGGAUGAAGGUGGAGACCAAUAUGAGACCAAAGAAGAUAGUGGGGAUGUUGAGGACCAGGCUGUGCAUGCAGAUGCAGUGAUGGAUAAAUGUGCCGAAGAUGAUAAUAGAACACAUGGACAUGAGGAUCAUUCUAACACAACCAGGAGCCAUUCAGAGAAUUGUUCAAGAGAAUCUCCUCCACAAGUCCUUCCACCCCCAUCACCAAGACUCGUCAAACGUCCCUCCACCUCUCCAAUGCCAAGUCGCUCUGGUUCAACUACACCUCUCAGCUUGCGGAAGAAAACUGUUGUGCCAACUGAAUACCAAGACACAGUGCCUGGGGAGUUUGAAGAAAAGGUUAAGCAGCCAAAAUCCGUGUCUCAAAGUAACACCCAGGAUUCCCGACCACAGACUCCACUGAGUGAGUACUCCCGAAAAGAACCUAACUUCAGACCAUCCCCAAAGCUUACCAGGGUAAGCUCAAAGGUUUUUGAGAAGGUCCGUGACUUGGAGGAGCGGAGACGUAGCCUUGAUAUUCCUGAAGGUUCCAUCUCAGGAAGAUCCUGGGCAGGGUUCAAUCGUGCUGGAUCUGUAGAUUCAGACGACGGAGGAAGCCGGUUGGGAAUCUCUAGAGAAAGUUCAAGGGAAGAUCUAAGGGAAGCUUUGACAGAAGAUGCUGCUGAACGGAGGUCUAUGUUUAGACAGAGAGCUGCUUCGCUGGAGGAAAAACCUCGCUACUCCCAAAAAGUCCAGGAUAUUGAGAACAAGUUCACAGAGGAGCUGCAGCGCAUAAAGAAACUUGUUGGUAAACCGCAUAUGAAGAAGUCAUUUUCAACUGAACAGCUCACUCUGAAGGCCAAGCAGCGCCAGCCUCUCAGGAAAAUUGAACCUAUCCCUCCACAAGUCCUUCAAAAGCUCCAAGAAAGGGAACGUGCCCAGUGGGAAAAGGAACAGAGAGAAAAGGAACUAAAUCGGCAACCAAUGCAGCAAGUACCGCAAGACCAGUAUAAAUCCCAACCCCAAAAGACAGCAAGCACUGGUUUAACAACUGUAACAGUUAGUAGAUUUGGAGAGGUUUCAGGCACCCCAGAGUCCAUGCAGUUAUCUGACUUACCAGGACAGCGAUCAGUGAGAGAAUUAAGUAGAGUCAGUCCAGUUACAGAAAUUGUUCAGAGGUCAUCAUCACCAGCAUUAUAUUAUCAACAAAGGGAAGACUCGCCAAGCAGAAAUGUUGCUGAGAUGACAUUACGCAAGGUUGAGCGAAGGCCACCAAGUCCACUUGUACAAAGGGUAUCUCGAAUGCAAGAACCCCAUCACAUCCAAGAAUCUCUUGUGCAAACAUCACAAAAGGAUGAGACUUCGGGGAGAAAGGCGCCAAUAGAACUAGUACUAAGAAAAAUUGAAAACAGACCUGAAAGUCCACUGGUACAAAAAAGGCCUGUACAAGAUCUUCCUCCACAACCUCCUCCGAAAUCCUCAAGGAUGUCACCGGUCAGUCCAACGGAGGAGAAAAUGGAAGUGGAGCUAUCUAAACCAGCCUUAAAGAUAAGAAUCCCUGCAAUUAUUGUUGAAGAUGAAAAAAUGGAGGAGGAUGUUCCUGUGAAGACAAGUGAGCCUCAACAAAUCAGUACUUCUGACAAAGAGGGACAACAGCAGAAGACCAAAGGAAAGAAACGUCGUUCUAGACCUAUGUCUCCAGAAUUAGAUUCUUCAGAUGAUUCUUAUGUGUCUGCUGGAGAAGACCCAAUGGAGGCUCCUGUAUUUGAGUUUCCCCUCCAGGACGCUGUAGCAUCUGCUGGUGCAGAUGUGCUACUAAAAUGUAUCAUUGCUGGCACUCCCAUUCCUGAAGUCACCUGGACGAAAAACAACACAGAAAUCAUCAGCACUGCGAAUUACACAGUCAAAGUGGAGGGUGAACGACACAGUCUGUUCAUCAAAUCAGCUAGAAUAAGCGAUGGUGGAAAAUAUUGUGUAACUGCUGUUAAUCAAAUGGGCAAGGCGUCCAGCAGUGCCACUCUUAUAGUUAAAGCAGAGUCUGCACAGGAGCCAAGGGGAAACCUGGGCGUGCCUAUGGAUAUCAGCAGCCCUAUUACAUCUGAUGAGGAGUAUCUCAGUCCGCUGGAGGAGGGAAUGGAUUUUGGAGGGCCAGAGCCGAAGCGAAGUAUUGACACCCGAUUCAGGAAACCCCCUGCGUUCCUGGUAACAAUGAGUGAUCAAGCUGUCAUUGAGGGACAGGAAGUCACCAUGUCUGUCCGAAUAAGUGGACAACCCAAACCCAUGCUCUAUUGGCUGAGGGACAGAGUUACAGUGAAAACAGGCCCACGUCACAUCGUGCGUGAGACAGAAGAUGGCACUUUUGAAAUGACCAUCAAGUCAGCAGUGAGAUCAGACUCUGGGGUUUACACCUGUAAGAUCAUUAAUGAGUAUGGGACAAAACAGUGUGAAGGAAAACUGGAGGUACAAGCCCCACCAGUUGAGCCUGGUCUGGCUGUCAUCCGCCCAGUCAGGGACAUCACAGCCAAGGCCGGGGAGACAGUUUUGUUCGAGUGUCAUGUCAUCGGACCGAAGGACACUGAUGUGGACUGGCUUGCAGAUGGGAAACUGAUCCAGCCAGCAUUGCUUAACUGUAAGAUGCACUUUGAUGGGAGAAAGUGUCGUCUGCUGCUCAACUCUGUACACGAGGAUGACAGUGGGACAUACACGUGCAAGCUUAGCACAGCUAAAGAGGAAGUGACUUCAUGUGGCAAACUCAAAGUCAUCCCUUCACUUGAACCUCUCUUCACUCGCAAACUGGACAUUCUAGAAGUGAUUGAGGGGCGUAACGCUCGAUUUGACUGCAAAGUCAGUGGGACGCCAUCUCCUAAGGUCACCUGGAGUCACUUUGACCGUCCACUCACAGAAAGUGAGGACAUCCGUAUUCUUCGGGAGGGCGGCCGCCACUCUCUCAUCAUUUCUCAUGUGACCAAUGAGGAUGAGGGAUUUUUCACGGUGACGGCCCGUAACAAUCACGGCGAGGCAGAGAGCUCCGCUGAACUUUAUAUUCAAGAACCACGGCCAGCUAUCUCCUCACAGAUGGCUAAACUGGAGAAGAUGCCAUCGAUCCCAGAGGAGCCAGAGGUCCCAGAGAAUGAGGUGGAGCGUUUCACUAUGCCUGACUUCAUCAAACCUCUUUAUGACCUGGAUGUGAUUGAGGGAAAAGAGGCUGUGCUCAAAUGUAAAGUGGCUGGUUUGCCAUAUCCCACCAUCGUCUGGUUCCACAAUGGCAAAAGGAUUGAGAGCACGGAGGACAGGAAGAUGACACAGUUCCGUGAUGUCCACAGCCUGGUCAUCCGCUCUGUGUGCCAUGCACACGGCGGCGUCUAUAAGAGUGUCAUCUCCAACAAAAUUGGCAAGGCUACGUGCUAUGCUCACCUCUAUGUCACAGAUAUCCUCCCUGAUCCUCCUGAUGGGAAUCCCGUGAUUGAAUCCAUCACGGGCAAAACCAUCACCUUAAGCUGGAAGAAACCAAGGAGGCUGGAUCCUUCCAUUGAUCCCAACUCCCUGAUGUAUGCCAUCCAACAACAAGCCCUGGGCUCCAUCCAGUGGACCAUCAUAGCAUCUGGCCUGAAAGAGACCAUCUACACCAUCACUACCCUUUCUAAAGGCGUACGCUAUUCUUUCCGGAUCCUCACCAUCACCUCCAAAGCCUUCAGCAAGCCCUCACCUGCUACAGACCCAGUGCAGCUCCUGGACAGAGGUUCCUAUCUUCAGGAGGCUCCAGUGAUCACUGAUAAGCCAGAAAUUGUAUAUGUGAUGGAAAACCAGUCAGUCACCAUCACCAUCACCCUUAAUCAUGUCAACGCUGCAGUCAUCUGGAGGAGGAGGGGAGUGAUCCUAGGCAACAAACCAGGGCUGUAUGAGAUGACAAUGCCAGAUGACGACCAGCACACACUGAAGCUGUGCAAAGUGAAAAGUGCUGACAUCGGCGAGAUGGUGUUUAUAGCCUCUAAUAAGUAUGGCAGUGACAGCUGCACCUUUAGCGUGGAGAUGGCAGCACCGCCAACGUUUGAAACUAUUAUGGAGGACUUGGAUGUUUGCACUGGGGAAUCUCCUCGCUUUGCUGUGGUUGUGGAGGGCAAACCCAUUCCUGACAUUCUCUGGUUCAAGAAUGACAUAUUGCUAUCGGAGGGCAGUCAUUACACAUUUGUGUAUGAUGAUAAUGAAUGUUCCCUGGUGGUCCUAAACGCUGGUCCAGAAGUCUCCGGGGUUUACACCUGCACUGCUAGGAACUUGGCAGGAUCUGUUUCCUGUAAAGCUGAACUCACUAUUCAUGAAGCUAAAAGUAAAGAGGAUCCAAUGGAUGAUGAGGGGGCUAUUUUAAGGAAAAUGCGCAGACUGACUGACCACUAUGACAUCCACAAGGAAAUCGGAAGAGGUGCAUUUUCCUACAUUAAACGUGUGACCCAGAAGGUGGGCAAAAUGGAGUAUGCUGCAAAGUUUAUGUCCACACGGGCCAAGAAGAAGGUUUCUGCUCUGAGAGAGAUGAACCUACUUUCCAAGCUGGACAACGAGAGAGUCCUUUACUUUCAUGAUGCCUUUGAGAAAAAGAAUGCAGUCGUCAUCAUCACUGAACUAUGCCAUGAGGAGCUGCUUGACAGAUUUACAAGGAAAUCUAUAGUAAUGGAGUCCGAUGUGCGUUCAUGUAUAAGACAAGUGCUUGAAGGACUGGACUACCUUCAUCAUCUAAACAUCAUACACCUGGACAUCAAGCCUGAUAACAUCCUCAUGGCAGACCCUCACAGUGAUCAGAUCCGAAUCUGUGACUUUGGCAACGCGGUGGCGAUCACACCUGAUGAGGCUCAGUACUGCAAAUAUGGCACACCAGAAUUUGUUGCACCAGAAAUUGUCAAUCAGACUCCUGUGUCAAAAGCAUCAGAUAUCUGGUCAGUUGGAGUUAUUGCGUAUCUGUGUUUGACAGGAGUUUCUCCAUUCGCUGGAGAGAAUGACCGCAGCUCCGUACUGAACAUCAGGAAUUAUAAUGUAGCCUUUGAGGAGAGCAUGUUUGCUGAGCUCUGCAGAGAGGCUAAAGGGUUCAUCAUAAAGCUGCUGGUAGCAGACAGACUGAGACCUGAUACUCAGGAAUGUCUCCGACACCCCUGGUUUAAGACACUCAGCAAGGGGAAGGCCAUAACUACAGAGGCCCUGAAGAAGUUUGUAUCUCGCAGAAAAUGGCAGCGUUCACUAAUCAGCUAUAAAUCAAAAAUGGUCAUGAGGUCCAUACCCGAGUUGCUGAAUGAUUCUUCCAGCCAUAUCUCCAUUGCAGUGCCCAGGCACCUUAAAGAAGGCUCUCCUUUGCCAUCAUCAUCAUCAGAUUCCGACGAAGACAUUGAUGAACUUCCAUUUAUUCCAAUGCCACUUAACAUGGAAUUCUCUGGAUCAAGGAUGUCACUGAAUGACAUCCAGACCAAUGAGCAGGAAACAGGAAAGCAGGAUGGAACAAGUAAAUGGACUGGAUCGCCUGUUCAAGCACAGGAGGCAAUGGAGUGUGAUUCUAAACAAAUAGACAAAGAAGGAGUUGAAUUAACAGGUAAAGGCCGUCUGCGGAAAAGGUCAUCACAAGACAAUGACAGGGGCUCCUCUGAUGAAGAAGCACCUGCUGAAUUACCGCAAAAGUCAGAGAUGACUAGAAAACCACUGCGAAGGGGUUCAAGCAUGGAGUCAGACAAACCAGAGGGUGGGCGACGAAGAGGAGAGCUAAGACGUGGAGGCUCAGCUGACAGUGCACUGCUGCUUCGGAUUACACCCGAGGAAGGAGCUGGAGAAGGAAACCAAGAAGACGGCAGGCGAGUCCUCAAGAAAGCUGUCUCUAUGGAACUACCAAGGAGGAGCACCAGCCCAGGAACUGCCAAGAUGAGUCAAGAAGACUACGCUCUGAAACUGGAGCUAAUGAGACAACGACUGCUUCGUGGUGGCUCUGUGGACAACAAGAUGAGUGGACUGAGAGGACCUCUGUUGGAAACAUUAGGAAUGGGAGAUGAAAAACGUGCAAUAUCCUCAGAUCGCUACUCUCGUACUUCUCGUUUGGGCCCACCUCCACUAAUUAGAGCUGCAUCCAGCGAUUCUGCAAAAGAUGAAGUUCCCAAACCCAAAGUUUUGCGCAAAACUGCUUCUUUCAGUCAAGGUGAUUCAGAACCCAUACCUUUACAUCGUAGGUCAGGAGCUCCCUUGGAGAUUCCCUUGGCACAGGUAGAAGAGAGAAGGCUCAAGGAGGCUAUAUCUAUGUCAUCUCUUACUGAGCCAUUCAAGGUAGACUCCCGUCCAGUUACGCCCAGGGAACCUUCGCCAAAACCGCCAACACCAGAGUCCAUUGUGCAGGAAAGUCCAACCAAAACAGAAAGCGAAGAAUCAUUUAUGGAGAAAGAGAUCAAGCAUGAUGAGACUAUGAGUGAAAAGAUGGAUGGUCUCACUACAGAUAGUAAUUUUGAUGAGAGAUCGAGCACAAGUGGUUUCUCAGAGAAGGAUAUGAGCAUAUCAGAAGAACCAAUGAUUGAAUCAGAUAAUGUGGGCCAGAGGAUCCCUACACCUCCUCCUGUGGUCCAAAGCUCUAAACUAGAAGAAAGAAUGGAAGAAGAAGAAAGAGGAAGAGAAAAAGAGAAAGAAGAAAAGGAAGAGUCUGUGAAAGAAGAAGAGGAAGGAAUUGUCAGUGUUGCUGAAUCAAAUGCUAAGGAAAAUGUAGAAGUUUCUGAAGAAAACAUAGAAGAAGUAAAUAUGCCUGCUAAAUCUUCUGACAUUAUCAUAACCACAAGCUCAGUUAUGGUGAGACCAACACAAGAAUAUACCCAUCCCUCCACAAAUGUUGUGUCGACUUAUGUAACACCCUCGCCUCCUACUCGAGUUGUUCUUCCAGAUGGAAGGACUUCAGCAUAUGCCAGUAUUAUGCAAACCAUCAUGGUCCCUUCAGUUCAGUCACCCAGUGACCAACCUUUAGGCGCCUCUACACCUGUUCCAGCCACCUCACCAUCCUCAGUAUCAACUGAAACAUCUUCACCUGCCCGCAUGUCCCCUGCUUUACCUGGUCCACCAAAGCCAAUCAUUGUGUCAACAACUGAGCACCCUGCUGUAUACUCCAGGGUAGCCUCGCCUGAAAUGAUCACAAAAGAACCAAGCCCACCCAAGACUAUUGCACAUUCCUCAUCCCAACAAGAGCUGUCAACAGGAGUUGACUUUGAGGACAUUAGCUCUGAGGAAGUCUUUGAGGCCCGCUUCAAAAAACGUGAGUCUUCUCUCUCAAGAAGUCUGAAAUUUUUGUCACGGUCAAAGAAUGGCGCACAAAUGAUUACAUCAGACUCUACAGAGGCAGGUGAAGAGAUAUACAGACCCGGGCCAAUUGGUGCACCACUUGAAUUAGCACAGAGGAGACUUGAGGAGAAAUCAAAGUCAGUCCAGGACCUUCGUGAAGCUCAAAAGGACCAAGGCUUUAUGAGAAGGCUUUCUAUGCGCCUGAAAAGAACUCCGUCAACUGAGCGCAAAGACGAAAUGACCAAAGAAGAUGAUUCAGUUGCUUCAAGAAGUAGGCUGUCUUGGACCCUUGGCCGAAGGGGGUCACAGGAGAAGAAGGAAGUAGAGAUGAUGCGCAUGGAUGGUGGAGCUGAUACAGCGGCGGGACAAGAUGAAAAGGAUGUUAAGAAACCUAAUGAAUCACCAGUCUUGACAAUGCGCAGAAAGAUUGAAUCAACAGUGGCUGGUAUCUCCACAAGAAUUCGCAGCUACUCAGAGGAAAGAAAAGCUUCAGAGGACAAAGAACCCAAGAGGACACCCAUUCUUUCCAUGCUUCGUCGUUCAGCAUCAGAGUGCCGUCCUACGAAGGUUACCAGUGUUCCUCAGAACCAGCUGGCAACUCAAGCCAGUAAUGGGGCCUCAUCAGAGUCUAUAGACUCAAUGGCUAGCCUAAAGUCAGAAACAUCAAAGGGUGUGGAGGUUGAGCGCAGAUCUCGUUGGGAUCGAUGGGGCCUGACCAGAGGGAGGCGAGACAAGACAGUAUCUCAGCCCGACAUACCAACAGCAAUCUCCAGAGAAAGUAGUUCCCUACGUUCACGCCAGUACUCUAAACUGGCUUCUGAUUUCCCUCCAGUGUUCCACAUUAAGUUAAGAGAUCAUGUCCUGCUGGAGGGAGAUCCAGUCACGCUCAGCUGUCUGCCAGCAGGCAGCCCCCACCCACACAUCACCUGGAUGAAAGAUAAGAAGCCCUUGGAAAUUGAUAACAGGAUGAACAUGAUCGCCUGCCCUGAUGGCCGGCAGCUACUGAUGAUCAUGCAGACCACCAAAAAGGAUGCAGGAGUCUAUGAAUGUGUUGCUACAAACCCAAUUGCCUCUGUGUCCAGCUCUUGCACAAUAUCUCUUGCUCGUCUGCCCAAUCGUCCUGGGACCCCUGAAAUACCUCAGAAGUACAACAACACAGCCUUGGUACUAUGGAGACCCUCAGACACCAUGGCCCCCUGCACAUACUCUCUGGAGAGGAGAGCAGAAGGUGAGACCAACUGGUUGAUCGUGGCUACCGGGGUGGCGGACUGUUAUUUCAAUGUGGUUGACCUGCCAGCAGGGGGUGCCUUCAGGUUUAGGGUGGCAUGUGUCAAUAAAGCUGGCCAGGGCCCCUACAGCAACCUGUCAGAGGUCGUAAGCCUGGAUGUUUCAGAACCAGCUAAAACCAGUGCUCCUGUGGUGGUCAAGACUGUCCCUGCAAUUAGUCCUCCUCCUCCUGCUCCUGCUCCUGCUCCUGUUCCUGCUCCUGCUCCUGUUCCUGCUCCUGCUCCUGUUCUUCCUCCUGCUCCUGCUCCUGCUCCUGCCCCUGUUGUGAUGAUGUCAUCCAUGAAAGUGACUCCCAUUAAACCAGCUCCCAGUAAACAUACUGCUCCUGCUCCUGCUCCAACUCCCGUCCCUCCUUCAACUUCAGCUCCUGCGCCAUCGGUGACUAAAUCUGCUUCUCCAGUAACCAUCAAACCCACUGUGCCGGUUGAUGCUACUCGUCCUGCUGUUACUUCGCCCGUCAAAACAACCCCCUCCGAACCAGCUCCUGUUCCAACUACAACAGUCGCCCAAGCCACGCCAGCGAAAGCCAAAACCACCCUUAGCAUCAGUAUGAGCAAACCCCAAACCAAAUUGGCGCCUCCCCCUGCUGUUCCACCCAAACCUCAGAGUCCUCUAAACGUAGUCCCCUCCAUAACCAACAAACCACCUUCACCUGUAUCACCACCUGCACCCGUCAUCGGGAAACCUAUAUCAUCUGUUCCAUUGUACAUCCCGACAACCACUCGUGUCACUCCGCCUUCUCAAUCUAGUUCCACUCCGACAACCACCACCCCUUCAGUCACUUCUGUCACUCUCACAUCCCCCGUGGCAGUGGUGCAGAGCUUAACACCUGUGCAGGGAGGGGACAACCGGAGUACCCCAUCUGGACGGAUCACACCGUCAGGACGGGUCACACCUUCGGGGCGCAGGACGCCAUUGGGAAAGCCUGGAGAGGGAUCUCUGCGCCAGGGCGUUCCACAGAAGCCUUACACUUUCAUGGAUGAGAAAGCGAGGGGUCGGUUCGGUGUGAUCCGUGAGUGCCGGGAAAACGCCACAGGAAACCUCUUCAUGGCUAAGAUUGUUCCAUAUGAGGCAGACAGCAAGCAGGAGGUGCUGCAAGAAUACGACAUCCUCAAGUCACUUCAUCAUGACAGGAUCAUGGCUCUGCAUGAAGCUUAUGUCACACCGCGCUACCUGGUACUUAUCUCAGAGUACUGCAGUGGGAAGGAGCUGCUCUUCAGCCUCAUAGACAGGUUCCGUUAUUCAGAGGAUGACGUGGUGACCUACAUUGUACAGAUCCUCCAGGGUCUGGACUACCUCCAUACCCGACGCAUCCUUCACAUGGACAUCAAACCAGAGAACGUCAUCGUCACGUACAUGAAUGUCAUCAAGAUCAUUGACUUUGGCAGUGCUCAGACUUACAACCCACUCUUCCUCAAGCAGUUCAGCCCUCCUAUUGGAACACUGGACUACAUGUCUCCAGAGAUGUUGAAAGGGGAUGUUGUGGGCCCUCCAGCUGACAUCUGGAGUGUGGGCGUACUGACUUUCAUCAUGUUGAGCGGCAGGUCGCCAUUCAGUGAAAAUGAUCCUCAGGAGACUGAAGCCAGGAUCCAGGCGGCAAAGUUUGACCUCUCUAAACUCUACCAGAAUGUGUCCCAAAGUGCCUCUCUGUUUCUUAAAAAGAUCCUCUGUAGCUACCCUUGGGCCCGUCCCUCCGUUAAGGACUGCUUCAAUAACUCCUGGCUUCAAGAUGCCUACCUGAUGCGCCUUUGUAGGCAGACUCUCACCUUUACAACUACCCGUCUCAAGGAAUUCUUGGCCGACCAGCAGCGCAGGCGAGAGGUGGUGGCCACCAAGCACAAAGUUCUCCUGCGGUCCUACCAGAGCUCUCCACAAACCCCCACCAGCCCCGCCACGCCAAAUGUGCCAACUACACCCACCACACCUGUCACCCAGUGAAAACAGGCUUCCAAACACCAGUUGGCGGGACUUUAAGACAAGACUUUGGGCCGUGAGGUUGGGUUGUCCCUUCAGGUUUGAGUUGUUGAACUUGGUCGGAAAGAAAAAAAAAAAGAACCUCAAAGAAACCAGCAGUGGCUGUGAUCUACAGAGACGUCACUUCUUUUUGUUUUCUGGUUCUGAAAGAGGAUCUUAAAGAACACCGAAGGGAACUCUUAGUUACGAGAGCCUGACUGCAUUUUUUCUAUGGUGGACUUGUUCAUACAAGGCAGGAUGUUGUCUUCAAGUUAGUACCUCAAGGUUUGUAACUUUGCAUACGUUUUUGGAUAAAUUACUUCCUUUCGUACUGUUAAUUCUACGGUUAUUAGAGAGGACAAGAAAUAAUACAUUUUAGUAACCCACCAUGAAAGGCCUAAAAUUACUAUAUUAGAAUUUCGAUGAAAAGAAACAUUGUUUCAUUUAUUCACAAGAUUCCAAAACAAUGAUAAAACAAUUGCAACACCUCUACUUCUUCAGUCUAUAGUCUCAUAUUCACGUUUCCUGAUCAGAAGUUCAUUCUGUGAUGUCUAACUUGAGUAAGGCCAGUCUAGAAUGACAAAUAUUCUCCAUAAACGCAAUCCAGAACAGAUUAAAGCAGUGUUAUUUGUGCUACAGUACCUGAGUUUUUGUACUUCUGUAGCAUCUCAGUGAUUGUCAAGAUUGUAGCAGUUCCAGUUUUUUUGUUUUGAGAUUUAAAAAAAAAAAAAAGUUUUUGAGUUCAGAGGAUACGCCGGAGGAUUUUCAACAAGGGCUAGAAGAAAAGGACUCUCAUAAUCAGCACAAAUUUCUUCCCUAACGUUACGAAAUAGAAUAGUAACGAUUUACUCAUUCUCAGAAGCAGAAUUUAUUACUUUUUAAGUUAUUAGAUUUCUGCUUCAAGUGGCUCCUGCACAGUCGCUGUGUUGGCCAUAGUUUCUUCACCACAAAUAAGCUAACAAGCACCACAUUGGCUUCCAGGUAAACUUAACUCUUCCACUCAGCCCAAUGUAAAGGAUCCAGUUUGAUUAGCCAUGCAGAGAUAUUCACAGUUUACUAAAAGAAGGUUUACAAGUUUGAUAGGUGAGGUCUUUAUCAAAUGUAAGAUUAUUCAGAGGGUUAGUGGUAAACCAAAUGGCUUUUGAAAACCCACUGGUGAUACUGGGGUGCGUCCAAGUGCCCUUAACCAGUUAGCAUUUGUCAGCAUGAAAAUAGCCUCUAUGAUUCAUCGAGAAAGGAUGUUUAUUGAGACAUUGUUGAGUGUAUUAGUUCUUAAUUUAGCUGUAAUUUUCACUUGCUAACGGUUUUAACGGCUAAAAGGUUUUGCUUUAUUUGGUUUUUAUAAAUUACAGUUUUUAAAUAGCAGAACUUUUUAUAAAAUAAGGUUAUUUAAAAUUCUUAUAAUUAGCAUUAAUAUUUCACUUAAAUGAUUUUUUCCUUUAGAAUUAAGUGUCAUACACCUUUUUGGUUUUCAUCCCCAUACAAGCUUAGAAGAUAAUUUAGGCAGUGAUGAAAGCACUGAUGUUAAUAUCUGAGACAAUCCAUGCAGCUCUAGAAAAUAUUAAAUCAAUUAGUAAAUAAGAGAUACUUCCUCUUAUUCCAUGUUCAGUAAAAUGAGAUAUAUUUAGAUAUGUACUGCUUAAUCAAUAAAUAAAAUAACAUUAGCUGUUGUUCAUCAGAGGAUACAGGCCUCCUAAAUGCGAAGAUUUUCAAGCCAUUACAAAAUGAGUAAAUUACAAAUUUAAUAUAUUUUUUUCAGUCUAGUUUUAGUCCCAUAAAACACACAUUUCACACACACACAUACACACAUACAUUUGUCCUUUUAGGUAAAAUAUGAAAUAAAUUGAAGACUUACAGUCGGGUGCGUACUGACAUUUGUCCCUUUUUUUAGGUUGAAAGUAGACUACAACUCGAUGUAUUGGUGUUUAAUAGUUACCUAUGUGCUCAGUUUACUGAAUGAAUGAAAUGUUUCAAAAUAUAUUGUUAAUAAUAAGUCUCAGAUAAGUCUCACCUCAGAGAAAACACCUAAAAUCCUCAUUUGCCCAAGAACAGUUCAUCAGUACGUUUGCUUUGACAUUACACUGAUCAUAAAUCAACACUGAUCAUCUGCUCCUCAUUAUUUCACGGUAAAUAAAUGGCUACAUUUUGUUGUUUCUUUCUUUGCCUUGAGAAGGCAAACUCAGUAUUAAGACCAGCAUGUGAAACAUUUGCACAAAUGUCAGAGUUUUGGUCAUUUUGCUGUCACGUGUAUUGAUAUCAAGUACGGAAUCACAAUCAGACGCUGAUGAGCCUUUUACAACGUGCAUCAUACAUUCAGAAACAUGAGCUGUUUUAAUCUGUGUAUUGACUGACAGAGAUUGUUGGUAAUUCUAUGAGAUUACUUUACUAGUUCUAUAUAUUAUAAUGCUAUUGCUAGAUAAAUACUGCCCCCUUUCUGCAGCUCUUUGUGUCAUUUUCCUAUGCAGAGUACGAGUUAAUCACAAAGGGAGUCAUUUUAAACCUUAAAGAAAACAUGCAAGAUCAGCAUGAGAAUGCAACGUUGCAUUAACGUCUGUGCAAUAUAUUCUGUUCUCUAAUCAUAUAAAAUGAAAUACAAACAGGGUUUUGAAAAAGAUGUUGAACGCUCCACAUUUUGUAUUAAAAUCCUACGCCGUACUUUGUGGAAUGUGUUGCAGUGCCUCGUGAUGGAUAUUAGACCCGCAGAGAAAAUUUUGUUUAAAUGGAUGACAAGCUCUUUAUUUUGAUUAUAUGAAUGUGACUGCUUUGUGUGUGUUUCGCAAUUUGUUUAUUUAUUGAGUGACUGUGUUUGUCAUAGCUUUUAGCAAUUACUGAAUCUGGCAUGGAAAAGGCAUGACAGCUGUUAAGGCUAUGAAAAAUAAAGGAAAUAUGACAAAUGUAUGAAUAUAAUGUAGCAAUUUGUUUCUACCGUGGAUGAAAAGUAAGUGAGUAAAGUGGUAGCAGAGUUACAUAUAGAACUGUUAUGACUUUAUUUGACUCUUUAUUUUAAUGAUUAUGUUUUAUAAUUUAAUAACUUUACUUGUUGGUGCUAGUAGCUGCAAAAACAUUUGUAAGGUGUACAACCCUGUUUCCAAAAAAGUUGAUGAGCUGUGUAAAAUGUGAUAACUGAACAUUGAAACCCCAUAUUUAAUUAAAAGUAGCACAAAGACA